UGGUCUAAAUUUAGAUAUUAUUAUUUAGCUUAUUAUUAUUCUCUAUUUUACACCUAAACCCUUUCGGUCACUUAUCGGUCCACCGUCGUCGGGUACAACAUGAUGCUGCUGCUGCUGCUGCCGUUUUUGUCUUUGGUGGCCUCCGAGGACGUGCAACCCAUUACCGUCGUGGGACUGUUCUUAGCCGAUGGUACGGCCGAGCAAAGGGCUUUCGAGUUGGCCGUGCACAAAGUCAACAUGGACCCGACGUUGGACGACGUCAAGCUGGAAGCUCGCAUCAAAAUCGUCGACGUCAACGACGCUUUCCAAGUCAGCAAGUCGGUCUGCGAUUUCUUGGAAGACGGUGUAGGUGCAGUGUUCGGCACUGCUGGCUAUGAAUCGUCGGCCAUAACUCAGUCGAUCUGCGACUCCGUCGAAAUACCUAGGAUCGAAUUCCGAUGGGAAACGAGCCCCAAACAACGGCCCAACUACUACAUGAACUUGUAUCCCGAGCCGACGGUGCUGAGCCGCGGGUACACUGCCAUCGUGCGAGACAUGGACUGGACUUCGUUCACGUUAUUAUAUCAACGAGACGAAGGCCUGUUGAGAUUGCAGCAUUUGAUCCAAGACUAUUCCGGAUCGACUAAAGUGUCGGAUCCACAGUCGGCAGCCCUCACCAUUAUUCAGCUACCAGAAGACGACGAUUUCAGACCGCUUCUGAAAGACAUCAAGAAAUCGUUAGAAGGCCAUAUUGUCCUGGACUGCGACACGGACGUCAUUCUUAAAGUCUUAAAACAAGCCGAAGAAGUCAAUUUACUCGACGAAUACCACAGCUUUAUAAUUACAUCUCUGGACGCGCAUACUAUAGACUACAGUAACGUCCAUUUUAAACGUACCAACAUAACUGCAGUCAGACUGAUUGAUCCAACAACCACGACGGUCGCUAGUGCUAUGUCGGAUAUCUCGUUCGUUCGACAAAGGAUGAAUCUGGACAUGGAAGAGUUUCGCGUAGACACCACUACGGUCAACGCCUUGUUGUUGUACGACGCAGUCAAUGUGUACGCAAAAGCGUUGCAUGGCUUAGGUGGUACCAAUGCCAUCAAAGCUGAACCCAACAGUUGUUUGGACCGGAACAUGACCGGCUGGUCGAGCGGAUAUGGGCUGAUUAAUUUCAUGAGAGUGGUGGAAACAGAAGGCUUGACAGGGAUUAUGCGCUUUGACCCACACACGGGGCAUAGGAGUUUUUUCACUUUGGAAAUGGUGGAGUUGACCAAGUCGGGGUUCAAAAAAAUCGGCGUUUGGGACCCAGAGAAUGGAAUGACCUACACGAGGACGAGCAGUCAAAUGUUGUUCGAUUUAGUACAGGCUAACAUGAACAAGACGUUCAUCGUCGCUUCGAAAAUUACAGAACCGUACAUGAUGCUAAAGGAUGACCACGUGAACCGCGUGGGCAACGACAAGUACCAAGGAUAUGUGGUGGACUUGAUACAGAUGAUCGCCGAAGAGAUUAAUAUUACCUACGAGUUCAGGUUGAGAAACGAUGGUAAUGGGAAAAAAGACAAAAAAACUGGAAAGUGGAAUGGGCUAAUAGGCGAAGUACAAGAGCUGAGAGCUGACUUGGCCGUAUGUGAUUUGACCAUUACCCAUGAGAGGAGAACGGCCGUAGACUUCACGACCCCCUUUAUGAAUCUUGGUAUCAGCAUCCUAUUCAGCAAACCCAAAGAACCGGAAACCGAUUUGUUUUCGUUUACUCAACCGCUGUCGUUUCACGUCUGGGUAUACACGGCUACGGCUUACUUGGGCGUGUCAAUAGUGCUGUAUUUGUUAGCCAGGAUCACUCCUAACGAGUGGCAGAACCCACACCCGUGCUCUUCGGAACCCGAAGAAUUGGAAAACUCGUUGUCCCUGAUUAACUGUUUGUGGUUUUCGUUGGGCUCGAUAUUGUGCCAGGGAAGCGAUAUAUUGCCUAGAGCUUUUUCGACCAGGGUGUGCGCUUCAAUGUGGUGGUUUUUCGCACUCAUCGUGACCCAGUCUUACACUGCCAAUUGGACGGCGUUUUUGACGUCCAGCAGAAAGGAAUCGCCAAUCAAACGCGUGGAAGACUUGGACAAACAGUCGGCUAUUAAGUACGGUUGCGUGUUGGGACAGUCCACAGCGGGGUUUUUCGAGAACUCUGACGUGAACCUGUAUCAGAAAAUGUGGAGCGUCAUGGAAACGUACGGCGACACGGUGAUGAUGUCCGACAACAAGCAGGGAGUGGACCGGGUGAAAAAAGAAAGAGAAGCUUACGCCUUCUUCAUGGAGUCCAGCAGUAUUGAAUACGAAGUACAGCGGAACUGCGACUUGACUGAAGUCGGUUCGUGGCUGGACAACAAAGCGUAUGGGAUAGCUAUGCCAUUUAACGCACCUCAUAGGACUGCGUUCAGCAUGGCGGUGUUAAGACUUUCCGAAUCUGGAAAACUGAUGGAGCUCAAAGACAAAUGGUGGUCGACGACCGAGGAUAAAGCGUGCCCGGCGCAAAAAGAAGAUUCGGCCGAGUUGGAUGUGAGCGAAGUAGGAGGAAUGUUCGUCAUUCUUAUUUUGGGUUGUUUGUUGGGGUUUCUGUUUUCGCUUUUAGAAUUCUUGUGGAACAUUCGCAAAGUAGCGGUCGAAGAACAGUUAUCACCUUGGGACGCGUUCAAAUGUGAGCUGAAGUUUGUACUCCGAUGUCAUCACUCGACUAAACCGGUGCGACACACCGGAAACAUGGAAGAGCGAUCCGAAAAUUGAAACGUUGAUAUUGCAAAUAGAUUGUGUAGUAGUGUUAUUAAUUGAAAACUGAAUUAAAACAUUCGAAUUUCCAUAUUAAGUAAUGCGUAAUCGUGGUAGUAAGGUUUAAAAUAUAAAAUAUUGUAUGUAUCCAUAGGUUAGGCAAUAGCUAUGUAAUAAUAGUGAUAAUUUAUAGUCAACUAACGACAAUUAUGUUUUUCACGUGCAGACAUUUUACACCUGCUUCAUUAAAAAUAAAAUAGAAGAAAUUUUUAUUUGCUUUUUACAUUAAAGUAUACAUUUAAUUUCCAACAGUCUACUACUAUUUGUAAAUAGCUAUAAAAAUUACAAAAAUUUAACCCAAAAACCAAUUUGGGCAAUUCAUUAAAGUGCGUUGAGAAUAGACAAAUGUAUGUACUCAAGUCAUUUCACUUUAGAUGUGGUUUCUAUUGAAAAUUCACCGUUGUUUGGAAUAAAUAAUAAUGUAUUAUAACUUAUUGCGAAUACUUAACCCGUCCCGGCGAAGAAAAAACCUAUAUUAUACAUAAUCGUUAUUGUAUAAUAUAUAUAUUUUUUUUUUUUUGCUAUGAAGUGUAUUAUUAGUUUGCAUAAUGUUCGGUUUAUUCACAUUGUUUUAACGCCACUAGUUGCAGUUACAAUGAAAACAAUAAAUAAUUACCAACAUAUUUAACGAAAAUGAACAAAGCUGUGAAACGGCAAGUACUGAUGUUAAAUAGUAUAAUUGAGUUCAGCGGUAACCAAUUAGCCAGUACAGAUACACAUUUUCACGGUUAAAUGUUCUUUCUUCAUGGAUUCAUCGAAGAGAUUUCAGUUUAAUUUAUUUGUAUUGCUGUUUAUGCAAGCAAAUAAGAACGCUUACAGUCAUGACGACUAUUCAUUAGAGGAUAGCAAAUAUCUCGUUAAUGCGUUGGCAUUCCCAGAGUAUAAACCAGCUAGUCUACGAGCAAGUGAUUUUCCAGGGUUUUUGAAGUCGAAUUAUGUUACCCGUGACCAUCAACUCCUUACUACCGUUCCUCGGUUUGUUUACUAUGCAUACAAAUUGAAAUCGGUGGCAAGGAAAAUACUAAGCAAGCCCUUCAGACAACUGUACAGUUUAAGUGAAAUAUUGACCGGACAAGAACCGUUGCUAAUUCUCGAGAAAAUUCUGCAUGGAAACGAUGAAAAUAGCGAUGAAGACGAAACCGGUGAAAGUUCGGAAUCAGGUUCGGAAGAAAGCGGCGAAGAGUCCGGAAAAGCUGAAGACGACCAUAAGAAAAGUAGCAGCGACAACGACAAACAUGUUAAGAAAAAACUAAACGAAAAAGAAGAAGUCGAAGACGAAGAAGAAGAAGAUGAUGAAGAGGAAGAAGAAGAGUAAGAGAAAGACAAUUUUUAAAACGUAAAAAAUAUGAUAAAAAAAGUAGAAAAAGUAGAAAAUAGAAACCUAGAAAAAGGUUUUCAUCAAAAAAUCAUAAAUUAUUUGUAAAAUUUUAAUACAUAAUUGUUUAUUGAACCAUAAUAA